UCGGCAGCGCAGGGUAUGAAUAGCUGCGCUCCCCUCUGCUCGCCGGCGCUCGCUUCCCUCCCCGCCUUCCCCGCUCUGCCUCGCGUUCUCGCCGCAUCCUCCCGGCCAUGCUGAGCACGGAGAGUUUGGCGGGGCCGAGAGCCCUGGGAGAGGAAUCGCUGCAGAUGUGGGACCUCAACAAGCGCCUGGAGGCGUACCUGGCCCGCGUGAAGUUCCUGGAGGAGGAGAACGAGGUGCUGCGAGCUGAAAUCCAGAGCAGCAAGAGCGGCCCGGCCGGGGAAUCGUGGAGGGCCAAGUACGAGGAGGAGCUGCGAGCGCUGCGGGAUGCGCUCGAUGUCGCCUUCAGGGACAAGUGCACGGCCGAGCUGGCCAGGGACAACCUGUACGAGGAGGUGCAGCUGGUGAGAAGCAGGUGCCAGAAGGAGCAGGCAGCCCGAGAAGAAGCCAAGAAGGAGCUGUCCUUGAGCAGGAAGGAGCUGGAGGAGGAGAGGAGAGCGCAGAUCUGGCUGAAGGAGAGAGCCGUGCAGCUGGAGAAGGAGGUGGAAGCCUUGCUGGAGGUGCACGAGGAGGAGAAAGCGGGGCUGGACCAGGAGAUCGCCACUUUCUCCCACAGCCUGGAGAGUUUCCGCUGCGCCCCGGUGGCUCUGCAGCCCGGGGAGGUGGAGGAUUACUCCAAGAGACUCUCGGAGAUCUGGAAAGGGGCGGUGGAGACCUACAAGGCAGAGGUGGCUCAGUUGGAGGGUUCCCUGUGCCAGGCCAAGGAGAACCUCUGGAAGGCGGUGGAGGACAACCAGCAGAGCCAGCUGCAGCUGCAGCACCUGGAGAAGGACCUGGCAGGGCUCAAAGCUCGCAAGGAGCUGCUGGAGGAGAGCCUGGCCCGGCAGUGGCAGGAGCAGCGCGGGGAGGCAGAAAAGUUCCAGCUGGCCAUGGAGGCCCUGGAGCAGGAGCAGCAGAGCCUGCGGGCGCAGAUCGCCCGGGUGCUGGAGGACAGGCAGCAGCUGAUGCACCUCAAGAUGUCCCUGAGCCUGGAAGUGGCGACCUACAGGACGCUGCUGGAAGCCGAGAGCAGCCGCCUGCAGGUGCCCGCCGGGGAAUUCAGGGUGACCAACGGGGUGAGAGAUCUCAAACUGGAGCUGAGCAGCAGCAAAGUGGCACCAGCGAGCCCCGAGGCCAGGCGGGUGCUGCCCUGCACCCCGUUCCCCAGGGUGACAAAACACGCCCAAAGUGCCACCCUGACGCCCCAAAGUGCCACCCUGACCCCCCAAAGCGCCACCCUGACCUCCCAAAGCACCAGGGAGCUCCAGAAAAUCACCUCAGCCCUCCAUGGCAGGGCUGCCAGCAGGGUUGGGGGGCUGGGGGCUCCCACACCCAGCCCACCCCAGGCAGGCAGAGCCUCCCUUCCCCUCUCCCCUGAGCUGGAGAGCUCUGGAGGAGAAGGUCCUGCCUGGCCAGGAGGAGAUGAGGCAGCAAUGAGCCCAAGGAUGGAGUGUGCCCUGCCCAGAGCCUCGGGGGACAGUGGCAGUGCCAGCCUGCAGCCCCUGGCAGCUGCCCACAGGCUGCAGUACCCGGCCCAGCUGGUCAGCGAGGCGCUGGAGGAUGCCCUCAAGGAGAUGGGAGAUGAUGCUCAGCCCGAAGAGGAGCCCACACCCAGCUCCACGUGGGAUGUCCGUGCCCCCAGCCCUGUUUUCCCCACCGAGGGUGCCGAGGGGCCUGGGGAAGGGCAGGAGGGACCAGAGGAUGAGGAGAGCGCCGAGGCAGAGGAGGUGAUGCUCCAGGGGCUGGCUGGGGAGAGCAGCGCCCUGCAGGACACAGCUCCAUCCCCACCAAGCAUGGACCCUCCCUUGGGUGCCUCGGGGAGCCAGGAAGAUCUGGGAGCCUGGGGGGAGGAGGAGGAGGAGGAGGAGGAAGAAGAGGAGGUUCCUGCUGUGCUGAGCCCAAGGGAUCCAGAAAUGGAGGCCCAGGAAGGGGAUGAGGAUCUGCCUGGACAGACAGAGAGCAGCUGGGAAAAGCCAGAGCAGGAGAGGGCAGAGACGCCCAGCACGGAGCCCUCACGCCCCUCCGAGGAUGAGGAGGAGGAGGAGGAGAAGGGAGAUUUCCAGGAGGAAGGAACAGAUGUGCAAGAAGAGAAAUGUCCCCACAGAGAAGUGGAAGCUGCUGGUGCUGUCCUUGUGCAAAGCCACCUGGCUCUGCCCACAGAAGGUCACCUGGAGCAGGACUUUGCUGAUGCAGAGCAGGGAAGGGCUGAGCAGCAGAAAACGCCCAGGUGUGAGAUGGACCUGGCUGCAGAGGAGGGAAGGGAACAGGAGCUGUGUCCAGAGCAGGAGCCCUCGGGUGCCCCUGAGGCCAUCCCAGCAGAGGAGCCUUCCACAGGAGCUGGAGGAGAUGCUGGGGCAGGGGAGGACACGGGCAGGGUGGAAGAUGCUGAGGGAGAAGAGGCCAGCAGGGAGGUGCUGGGACAGGAGGAUCACGGGGUGGGACAGGACCCCAUGGCAGGAGAGGACUCUGGGGCAGGAGAAGAUCUUGGGGCAGGAGAAGGCUCCAAACCAGGAGAAGUCCAUGGGGCAGGAGAAGACCAUGGGGUAGGAGAAGAUCUUGGGGCAGGAGAAGUCCAUGAGGUAGGAGAAGUCCAUGGAGUAGGAGAAAUUCUUAGGGCAGGAGAAGUUCUUGGGGCAGGAGAAGAUCUUGAGGCAGGAGAAGUUCUUGAGGCAGAAGAAGUUCUUGGGGCAGGAGAAGGCUCUGAGGGAGGAGAAGAUCUUGGGGCAGGAGAAGUCCAUGGGGCAGGAGAAGGCUCCAAACCAGGAAACAAUCUUGGGGCAGGAGAAGACCAUGAGACAGGAGAAGAUCUUGGGGUAGGAGAAGUCCAUGGGGCAGGAGAAGGCUCCAAGGUAGGAGAAGAUCUUGGGGCAGGAGAAGAUCUUGGGGCAGGAGAAGGCUCUGAGGCAGGAGAAGAUCUUGGAGUAGGAGAAGUUCUUGGGGCAGGAGAGGCUGUGUCAGGGGACACCCUGGAGAGGGACAGCAGAGCCCCAGAGGAGCCUGAGGAGCUGCAGGAAGGAGAGGAGGAGGAACGGGAGGAGCUGGAGCCAGGAGAGGAGCCCUGGGCACAGGGGGGUGACGAUGGCAGUGCCCAAGAGCCCUGCCCAGAGGACUGGGAGGUGACAGCAGGGGACACUGAGGGGGUGCUGGGGCCAGCCUGGGCAGGUGGCACCCUGAGCAGUGCAGGGAGGCUGGACAGCGAGGAGAGAGGUGGCACAGGGCCAGCAGAGCUGGAGGAGGCCCAGGAGGAUGAUGAAGGAGAUGCCAGGAGCCAGGAGAUGAGGCAGCAGCAGGCACUGGCACAGGCUGAGCUGGCACAGCAGGGCAGGGUGGCACACCCUGUGCCAGCCCCUGCAGGCGCCCCCGGGCCAGGGGACAGCCAGGAGCUGGCAGAGGAACCACAGGAGCUGCAGGGUGAGGGUGGCGCUGAGGGGAUCAGCCCAGAGCUGGUGGCACCAGGGCAGGUGCCACGUGAGAACAGCCAGUGGGCAUUGGAGGAGACCCCCAGAGACCCAGAACCCACAGAGCUGGGGGCACCGGGGCAGGUGCCAGGUGAGAACAGCCAGUGGGCAUUGGAGGAGACGCCCAGACACCCAGAGCUGGAGGAGCUGGUGGCACCAGGGCAGGUGCCAGGUGAGUGGGCAUUGGAGGAGGCCCCCAGAGACACAGAGCCCCCAGAACUGGAGAACUCAGAGCUGGUGGCACCAGGGCAGGUGCCAGGUGAGUGGGCACUGGAAGAGACCCCCAGACACCCAGAGUUGGAGGAGCUGGAGGAGCUGGAGAGCUCAGGGCUGGUGGCACUGGGACAGGUGCAAGGUGACAGCAGUGAGUGGGCAUCGGAGGAGACCCCCAGAGACCCAGAGCUGGCAGUGGGCACGGGCAGGAGGGUGGAGCUGGAGGACACCCUGCCAGACAGCACCCCCCUGCACCUCUACCAGGAGGAGCUGCUGAUGGGGACACCCAGGCCAAACCCUCCAGAGAGGGAGGACACCAUGGGGACAGCUCCUGUGUGUGCCACAGCCCAGCAGGGUGAAGGGUGGCAGCAAGGGAGGGACCAGCCACCAACUGCCAGCGUGCCAGAGAGCCCUGAAGAGGAGGCAGAGGAGGCUGAAGAAGAAGAGGAAGGUUAUUUCAUGGUCUCUGCUCCCAGCCAAGAGGUGUCCAGCUCAGAGGAAGCUGAGAUCCCUGAGGACUUUGAAGAAAUUCAAGUGGAAGCAGCUGAAGGCGGCCAAGAUGUUCUGGAGGUUCCUGGAGAAGCAUCUCCAAGGCCAGAGGGCACAGAGCACCUGGAGGUGCUUGCUGCAGGAGCAGAUGAGGAUGUGGAGGUGCCCACUGAGGAACCUGAGGUGCCAGAGGAUGAGGAGGGCUCUGCUGAGCUGGAGGAAGGCCCAGAAGAAGAUCCAAACUGCCUCGGGGCAUUGGAACCAUCAGCAGGAGGUUCUGAUGAGCCAGCCCAGGGUGCCACAGGUUCCGCAGCAUGGGAGGCACCAGAGCACCCAGAAGAUCUGGCUGCUGAUCCAGAUGAGGGUAUGGAGAUGCCCACUGAGGUGCCAAGGGAUGAGGAGGACACUGCUGAGCUGGAGGAAGGCCCAGAAGAAGAUCCAAACUGCCUUGGGGCGGUGGAACCAUCAUCAGGAGGUUCUGGUGAGCCAGCCCGGGGUGCCACAGGCUCUACAGCAUGGGAGGCACCAGAGAACCCAGAAGAUCCAGAUGAGGGUAUGGAGAUGCCCAGUGAGGUGCCGAAGGAUGAGGAGGGCUCUGCUGAGCUGGAGGAAGGCCCAGAAGAAGAUCCAAACUGCCUUGGGGCGGUGGGACCAUCAUCAGGAGGUUCUGGUGGGCCAGCCCAGGGUGCCACAGCGUGCCAGGGACCAGAGCACCCAGAAGAUCCAGAUGAGGAGCUCCACAGCACAGCUGAGCUGGAGGAAGGCCCAGAAGAAGAUCCCAGCUGUCUGGGGGUGGUGGAACCAUCAUCAGGAGGUUCUGGUGGGCCAGCCCGGGGUGCCACAGGCUCUGCAGCGUGGGAAGCACCAGAGCACCCAGAAGAUCUGGCUGAUGAUCCAGAUGAGGGUAUGGAGAUGCCCACUGAGGUGCCAAGGGAUGAGGAGGGCUCUGCUGAGCUGGAGGAAGGCCCAGAAGAAGAUCCAAACUGCCUUGGGGCGGUGGGACCAUCAUCAGGAGGUUCUGGUGGGCCAGCCCGGGGUGCCACAGGCGUGCAGCAGGGAGACCAGAGCACCCAGAAGAUCCAGAUGAGGAGCUCCAGAGCACAGCUGAGCUGGAGGGGGAUGCCCCUGGAGCAACAACCACGCUGGGGCUGGCAGGGCAGGAGGAGGAGGAGGAGGAAGAUGAGGAUGAGCCCAGAACUGCUCCCCAUGACACAACCACCCCCAGCAGAGCUCCAGGCCCAGGCAGGGCCUGAUGGAGCAGAGCAGCUCCUGGAAGAGCAGCCAGGCACGGAGGAGGGAGCCCUGGGCAGCGAGAGCCCGGGGCAGGGAGGUUCUCCAGAGCUGGUUCCAGACAUCCCUGACACAGCUGAGCUGCCCGUGGAGCUCAUGAAAGCCUCGGGGAUUCUGGAAAUAGUGGAGCAGGCGCUGGAGUUCAACCAGGAGCUGAUGGAGGGGAGGGUGGCAGAGGAUGGGCAGGGUCCUGGCAGGAGAGAGCUCUCCGGGGAUGGAGGGGAACACCCUGAGCUCCCCUGGGAUGGAGAGGAAGACUCCAAACUCUCUCGAGAUGCAGAGAAAGGCUCUCAGCUCUACCAGGAUGCAGAGGAAGACCCCGAGCCCUCCCGGGAUGCAGAGAAAGGCUCUGAGCUCCCCUGGGAUGUAGAGGAAGACUCCAAACUCUCUCGAGAUGCAGAGGAAGGCUCUGAGCAGUCCCGGGAUGCAGAGGAAGACUCCAAACUCUCCCAGGAUGCAGAGGAAGGCUCUGAGCUCUCCCGGAAUGCAGAGGAGGACUCAAAACUCUCCCGGAAUGCAGAGAAAGGCUCUGAGCUCCUCUGGGAUGCAGAGGAAGACUCCAAACUCUCCCGGGAUGCAGAGGAAGGCUCUGAGCUCUCCCGGAAUGCAGAGGAAGACCCCGAGCCCUCCCGGGAUGCAGAGAAAGGCUCUGAGCUCCCCUGGGAUGCAGAGGAAGACUCCAAAUUCUCUCGAGAUGCAGAGGAAGGCUCUGAGCUGUCCCGGAAUGCAGAGGAAGGCUCUGAGCCCUCCCGGGAUGAGGAGGAAGGUUCCUCCCUCUCCUCCUCCAGCGAGGAGGAGCCCACCGUGCAGGAGGCCCCGCAGGUGAUGGAGGAGGGCGAGCUCCGGGCUCAGAACGGGCUGCACCGCCCGGCCAGCCUGGAGGAGCUGCCCGAAUUCAGCGAGGAGCUGCUGAACGGCACCUCCAGCGCUGCCCCGGCACGGGAGAUCCCCAGAGAGCCCUCGGGGGUGGUGCCAGCACCGGCCCCCAGCCCUGCGGAUGGCACUGCCACCAAGCCGGGGGAUGGCACUGCCACCAAGCCGGGGGAUGGCACUGCCACCAAGCCGGGGGACGGCAGCCUCAGGGGGAAGCAGCUGAGCCCCGUGUCCCCUGCUCUGGGGGAGGAUGUCCUGAGCCUCACAGCCCUGCAGCAGCCCUGCUCCUCAGGAGACGAGUGACAGCAACCAGGAGGAACCUUCUGGUAGCUCCUUCCUGCCAAAUCCCUGUGCCCCCCUGUCCCACCCCGUCCUGAUGCUUCCCAGUCUCCCUGUGGGUUUUUAACACGUUUGUGUGGAUUUUUUUGCACCCCUUUUCAGAGUGAAGAACCACCAAGUUCUGUUGUACCCUCACAGCCCACCCGAAUUCUCGUGUUUGCUCUGGGACCCCCUCUUCAUUUUGAGUUUCCUCCUGGAGGAACCCACCUGGUAUUUAAUUUAAACUCCGUGUUUCUCCAUUUCCUGCAAGAUUCCCUCUCCAACUCCUCCAGUAUUUGCCCCAGGACGUCCAGUUGAAGGUUAGGGACCCCCCCAAACCCCUCCAAGACUCAGAAUUUUGGGCUACAUCACCCCAGGCUCCCCAGCCUGACCCUGGGUUUUUAACACGUUUGUGUGGAUUUUUUGCGCCCCUUUUCAGAGUGAAGAACCACCAAGUUCUGUUGCACCCUCACAGCCCACCCGAAUUCUCGUGUUUGCUCUGGGACCCCCUCUUCAUUUUGAGUUUCCUCCUGGGUGGGUUGCUGUGGCUGUAUUUAAUUUAAACUCCGUGUUUCCCCAUUCCUUGCAAGAUUCCUUCUCCAAUUCCUCCAGGACGCCCAGCUGGAGCUUAGGGACCCCCACAAACUGCACCCUGGGACUCAACAUUUUGGGGUCCAUCACCCCAAGGUCCCCAGCCUGACCCUGGGGGCUGAGCCACGCUGGAUGUACCCAAAAUUAAUUUAAUAAAGCCUCAUCCUC